AGAGAGAGAGAGAGAGAGUUUUGGCGGUGUCUCGAAAGACAAGGGGGGAGAGAGAGAGAGAGAGAGAGAGAGAGAGAGAGAGAGUAGACAUUGAUGGCGGAAGGGCAGGAAUUACGGGACCGAAGCGAAGAGAGUGUGAAGUUAUUCGUAGGUCAAGUGCCCAAGAGCAUGACCGAGGACCAACUCCUCGCAAUGUUCCAGGAGUUCGCUCUCGUUGACCAGGUCAACGUCAUCAAAGACAAGGCCACUCGAGCCUCGCGAGGGUGUUGUUUUGUUAUAUGUCCGUCGAGGCAAGAGGCCGACAAGGCGGUGGAUGCGUGUCAUAAUAAGACAACUCUUCCAGGGGCAUCUAGUCCGUUGCAAGUGAAGUAUGCUGAUGGAGAAUUGGAAAGGCUAGAACACAAACUUUUUGUUGGUAUGCUUCCGAAGAAUGUUUCAGAUGCUGAGCUUUCUGCAUUAUUUUCUCAAUAUGGAACUGUUAAAGACUUCCAAAUUCUUAGAGGUUCUCAGCAAACCAGCAAAGGCUGUGCUUUUCUGAAGUACGAGACAAAGGAACAAGCUCUUGCAGCAAUAGAGGCACUCAGUGGGAAGCAUAAAAUGGAGGGCUCAAGUGUUCCCUUAGUUGUCAAAUGGGCAGAUACAGAGAAAGAAAGGCAAGCUCGGAGGGCUCAGAAAGGUCAAACAGAGGCUUCAAAUAUGCCCAAUGCUAACUCUGCCCAACAUCCGUCUAUAUACGGAUCUUUACCAAUGGGUUACAUUCCCCCAUACAAUGAAUACGCUUAUCAGGCUCCUGGAACUUAUGGACUUAUGCAGUAUCGACUGCCACCAAUGCAGAAUCAACAUGUUUUCCAUAAUGCUAUUCGGCAGGUUAACCAGGGAAAUCCGUUGCGUGGAGUCACACCCGAUAUCUCCCCUAAUAUGUCCCCUAGAAAUUAUGCUGUUCCAUCGGCAAGUUAUAUGGGUUCUGCUUAUCCAGUGGUACAAGGGCUCCAGUAUCCUCUGGCAUUUCCUGGUGGAAUGAUGAGCAGCAGGCCUUUAAGUGGUUCUACAGCUUCUGUACCACCAUCAAUUGUAAACAGUCAGACUGCAGCAUCGCCAAGUGUUAGCGGAAGUUCUGGGGUUCAGAUUGAAGGUCCACCUGGAGCUAAUUUAUUUAUUUACCACAUCCCUCAAGAAUUUGGUGAUCAAGAACUUGCGAGUGACUUUCGUCCAUUUGGAACAGUCUUGAGUGCAAAGGUCUUUGUUGACAAAAUAACUGGUCUCAGCAAGUGUUUUGGUUUCGUCAGCUACGACUCACCAGCUGCUGCUCAAUCUGCAAUUAACGCGAUGAACGGCUACCAAUUAGGUGGUAAAAAGUUAAAGGUUCAACUUAAAAGAGACAACAAUCAGAAUAAACCUUAUUGAUUCAAAGCUAAGCAACGUAAGGAGGCAAAACCCUUCAAUAGAUAGUCACAUGCGACCCAGAAGUGGGUGUUACUGCCGUAUAGCUACAUUGGGGUGGUUUUGCGGCAGUACAUGGCGAUGUGCUACUCCAUUCUACUUGUAGUUGACUCGUGGAAUAGAAACCCAGAAACUUGUAAUUUUGCCACUGCAAAUUGUAAUUUCUGUAACAUGAAUCUUCAUUUAGUCAUUGAUUAUCAUUUUAUUGAUUCUUUCCUUCCAAAACAUUGGUUGAGUA